AUGUUGUUGGACUACUGCUGCCGGUGCUGUGAGACCACGCUGAUCAAACGUCAUGCCCAACAUCUGCCCAUCAACAGCAGGCUGCAUGACACCUGGGCUGUUCUUCAGAACCUGCUGAUGUGUAUGCUGUGCUUCUACUCUCUCUACUAUAUUGUGGUCAGUCUUUGCAUCGGCAUUCUCAGGGUGGAGGAGGUGGACAGCUUGUUAGCACCGUUUGACUACACAACUCAACCGUCAUGGCAGAGUCCCAAGUAUUUAGUGAGCGUGAUCUCCACCGAGGUGACGUAUGUUCUGGGCGGUCUGAUAUUCGCGUGGAUCGUGGAGGAGUGUGUGUGGGACUACGCCAUCACUGUCACACUGCUGCACGUCGCUCUGACCGUAGCAGUUAUGGCUGAUUUUCCCUCGACAGAGCACUGGUGGAUUGCUCUCGGCUCUGGGUUGCUGAUGAUGAUUUUUGGGGGGCAGCUCCUGGCUUACAGACUCUUUAGAAGUAAUUUUGUGCAUCCAGCAGAUCUUCAGAAUCUCUGACACGCUGUGGAAGAUGUACAGCGAUGACUUUUCUCAGUUUUGUAUUUCUUUUUUUUACAUCAUGGGUAGUUUGAAAUAGUUUUGUUAUUCCUACACAAUAUUUUGUUGUGAAACUGUCUGCUCAGGCUGAUGUAAUAAUUCCAGUAAACCAUGUUAUUUUGGUGGCCUUUUGGUGAAAUGUCACAAGAGUCCAAUUGAUUUUGACUCAGAUGCAAAUGUGAUUCACAUGCAAAUUUACAUUUGCUUCACUUAAUGUAUA